CGCGGACAAUUUGGUCGAGUUAACCUUACUGUCUGUCUGGCGAGAAUUGCAGGAUUUUCUUGACUGGAGGCAAAAUAUGUUUUAGGAAAAUAGCUGAAUUAAGUCAGUUUGACUUUCAAUAAUUUAUCUAAAAGUCGUCUGGAUUAUGUGUGGCUAGUAGCAGCAUAACUUCUUCAUACAGGCAGAUUCCAUUGAGUCUACAAGCACCUGACUCGCUGAGCACUGUACCCUGGCUUCAGUUCAAUCCCUUCACCAGUCCAAGGUCAAGGACCAGACAACAUCUGUCAACAUUUACUGGUUGGCGGACACAGAAGAGAACCCGAAACACACCCAGCCCUGAGGACAGGUAGAGGACCCGACACAUCCUGCCCUGAAGACAGCUCCAGAAAUACUACAUUUUCAUUUACACCAGGACAGACGACAACCAGGCCCCACACACACAAACGCACUCUGGAAACCAACCAACCGACCAACAAAAAGGUAGAGGAACAAGAACAGCCUCCAACAACCAACUACCCCAAUUAUCUCACCAUCUCAUCCAGCUGGUGUCUAACCCAGGAGAUAACAGUGGUCUGGACCAUUCCUAUCUGAUUGACACAGACUGACUGGUUGACUGGUUUGGGUGUUUUGUGACGCUCCUCGAUACGUUCAUCAUCAUUGUAUCUGAUUUUGAAGAUCUAAAGGAAUCAACAUGCACCUGACUGGGUGAGGUUGAGCCCUCGACUGUGAAGGACCGCUUAGACUAUUGACCUCGUAAGGACCGUGUGUGGUGGUCGAUCAUGGGGAAGGGGCAGGACCUCCUUGUGGCAGUGAAGAGUGGAGACAUCCUCCUGGCACACAAACUCCUGGCCAAGGUCACAUACAACAAAACCAAGCUGCUGGGUUCCACAAAGAGGCUGAACGUCAACUAUCAGGACUCUGAUGGGUUUUCAGCAUUACACCAUGCAGCUCUAACAGGCACCACUGAGCUGCUUUCUCUGCUACUGGAGGCUCAGGUCACUGUGGACAUCAAAGACACUAAUGGUAUGCGUCCGCUCCACUAUGCAGCGUGGCAGGGUAAAGCUGACUCUGUGUUGCUGCUGCUGAGAGCUGGAGCCUCAGUUAACACACCGUCACAGGACGGACAUAUACCUCUACACCUGUCUGCACAGUAUGGACAUUACCAGGUGUCUGAGAUGUUACUCCAGCACCAGUCUAAUCCCUGUCUGGUGAACAAGGCCAACAAGACCCCUCUGGACCUGGCCUGUGAGUUUGGCAGACUCGAGGUGGCACAGUUGUUAUUGAACAGCAACAUGGUGGUAGCUCUGUUGGAGGGGGAGGGGCUAGACGGUUUAGACCCCGCCUCUUCUAACACGCCCCUUCACCUGGCAGCUCGCAAUGGACACAAAGACAUCAUCAGGUUGCUGUUGAAGGCUGGUAUAGACAUCAACAGAACCACUAAGGCUGGGACCUCUCUGCACGAGGCUGCCCUCUACGGCAAGACUGAAGUAGUGUGUCUGCUGCUGGACGCUGGUAUUGAUGUGAACCUGCGUAACACCUACAACCAGACAGCUCUGGACAACGUCAACCAGUUCACCACCUCAUCAGCCAGCAAGGACAUCAAGAUAAUAUUACGAGAAGCGUUAGGGUCUCUCCAGGUGAGAGCGGUGAAAGACUACUGGAACCUUCAUGACCCUACAGCCCUCAACCUCCGCGCUGGAGACAUCAUCAUGGUCUUGGAACAGCACAUGGACGGGCGGUGGAAAGGUCAUAUCCAUGACAACCAUAGAGGAACAGACCGGGUUGGAUACUUCCCUCCGUCUGUAGUGGAGGUCAUCAGCCGGAGAGCAGGGGGUACUCUCUCAUGUCAGGUCUCGUUGCCAAGUCAACGGCAGCAGCACUUCCUGUCAAGAGCUCCUCCCACCAUUAUUGGCGUGGCCCCCCAGUCUGAGGACUCCUACACCCUGUACUACGACCACGCAGCAGGAGACAGGAACAGUGUUGGCAGUGCAGGCAGCAGUGCAGGUAGUGUGGGGAGCAGUCGUAGUGCUGGCAGCGGGCAGAGCUCAGAGAACAGCUUAGUACAGAACAGGACACCCACUCGCCAAACAGCCGCCGCAGUGGAGCCCCACACGGGCAUGUUGGCUCCCUCUGUUGGUGAGUCCGGAGAACAGCUGUUCCUCCCGGCAGGACCAGAUCCCAGCAAACAACCUGAUGGACCUACAGGUCACUUACCUUGUACACUACUUACCCUUCCUCUCUCCCCUCUUCUCCUCUAUGUAUUUCCCUUCCUCUCUACCCUCUUCUCCUCUAGUGCUUUCUUCACCCGGAAGGGGAUCUACAAGAUAAUACUCAAGAUCUACAAGAUAAUACACCUUCACCUCAGUCCUUCCUCAUGCUUUCUGUUAGCUGUGUACAUUUCAUUUGAUAAAAGUUGUAAUCUGUCUCUUGUCUCUCGCUCUAUCUCCCCAGGUGGUCUGCGUCAUCAAGUCAGUGGUGGUACUCAGUUGGGGGAACAGAGUGGCUUCAUGCGUCCAGAUCAACUCCUGGUGGGCAGAGACUCUGAGACCAUCUACCAAUGGCUGUGUGAGUUCCAGCUGGAGAGCUACACUGCUAACUUCCUCACAGCAGGAUACGAUGUACUAACUAUCAGUAGGAUGACCCCAGAGGACCUAACAGCCAUCGGUGUGACCAAACCAGGCCACCGUAAGAAGAUCUCCAUGGAGAUAGGCAACCUGAACAUCCCAGAGUGGCUGCCUGACUACAUCCCUUCUGAGCUGUCAGAUUGGUUGAGUGCGAUCGGGCUCCCUCAGUACCAGAAGAGACUGUGUGAGAAUGGUUAUGACACCAUCAGCAUCGUCAAGGAUAUCACCUGGGAAGACUUAUCAGAGAUAGGAAUCACCAAGCUGGGACAUCAGAAGAAGCUUAUGUUAGCCGUGAAGCGUUUAUGCGACCUGCAUCGUACUCAUCACCAUGCCAACGGCUCCGACAUGCUCCGGCGUAAACCCCCCACGGCUCUGGAACUGGUGGCUAUCGAGCCCCCCGAGAUCCCCGCCGACUGCUGCCCCCCGACCCCUCACACCCCCAGGACACCCUUCCUCUCCUUCAAUGACAGCGAGCUGAGCACAGGAGGAGGGGGGGGGAUAGGGGGGUUUGGGAUGGGUGUGGGGGGUGUGGUGUCGCCGUUGUCGCUCAGCCAGGAGAGCAUCGGAACGCGCUCCCGCGGAUCUGGGAAUUCUGGGAAAUCUGGGAAAUUUCCGGGAUAUUCCCAAGAGCUUCACCAACAGACUCUGGCAUCGGCUGGAGCGUACAGUCGCUCGGACGAGAGCUUGGGAGGAGGAGGUGGGAGACAGGGGGGAGGAGGGAGUUCAGGGAGAGACCGACAGAGACCCACAGAGGUGUGGUCAGACCAGAAGCGCCACCCCCAGCCCCCCACUAAACUACCCAUCACCCCCCUCACCCCUCCUCUCACCCCCAGCACGAUGCCCCGCUUUGCCUACCCAGCCUUGCCUGUGCCCAGUAAACCCAAACCUUGCCAGUCCCCUGCCCAUCACCCCCUCUCCUCUCCCCCCUCCCCCUCUCCUCAGGCCUCACCCACACAGAGGGCCUUCAACUACCACCACACCCAGGAAGGAGGCACCUAUCUGUGCCAGCGUGGUCUACCCAAGCCUCAGGCUGGAGCAGUCCCCCUCCCAGGACUAGGCCUCAACACAGAGGCUCUUAAGGGCCCUAAGAAACGCACCCAGAGUCUGACACGCUACGCCCUGUCAGAUGGAGAACCGGAAGACGACGAGUCAUCGCUGCAGGAAUCCGUUCCCCCGGUGACCAUUCCCUCGUACGCCACACUAGGACGCAAACCAGUACGCGGCCAAUCAAAUUCCUCCGCCGUCCAACGCCACAUCAGCCGGAGCCACUCAUUCGCUGUCCGCUCUCGCCGCAAAGGCCCGCCCCCACCGCCACCUAAGAGGAUGAGCUCGGUGAGUGGCAGCCAGGCCAGCGAAUCAGGAGGAGCGGCAGUAGUGCCAGGGCAGGUGGAGGUGGGAGGGGUGGAGACGGAGAGUGCAGGCAGUGUGAGAAGCAUCGCAGCCAGGCUACAGGGGUCCGGGCCCAGGGGCAGCCCCUCUAAUGGGGUAGUGUUACCCUCCCCUCGCACCCCCACCCUCGCCUCCCACAAACCUGUACCCGCUCUGGGGCUGGGGGGCCUGAGGAGGAUGGGGGGCGAGCGGAGGGAUAGAGAUGGAGGGAUAGAGAGAAGCCCAGAAGAGGAGGAGAGUGGGAGGAAGAAUGGUUCAGUAUUUGAAAGCUCUACAUCACCUCAGAGUAGCUCCAGUGAGAACCUCCCUUUCGCGGAGGAGGGCAACCUCACCAUCAAACAGCGGCCCAGGAUGGGAGCAGGCUUCCGGUCAGACCCUGAAAUCCAACCCCAGGCUUCUCCGGAAGACCAAACAAUGCAGGCCCCAAAGACCUUGGGGGUCCCUGAGUUCAACCUCAAAGAGUCGGACACGGUCAAACGACGCCGCCAGCCCAAAGACCGGGACACACACACACUGGACGAGAUCUUCACCGUCAGCGAAGAUGACGGACACACACAGCCACACACACACGGCCGGUCCAACGGCUUCCACACACACACAAACAGAGACAAGCGAGAGGAGGAAGCAGGUGUGAGGUCAGGGAGCAGUUUACAGAGAGUAGGAUCGACAGGGAAAGGCCAGAGACCAACUCUGUCCUCCAAACCAACCAGCCCUCCCCUCACACCUGCCCUCAACCCUAAACCAGCCUGUCAACAGGAGACAGCGACAGGCAGCACACAGAAACAUGUAACAGCCAGUCAAAAUACACACACAACCACCUCUAUACCAGGCAAUCCACAGAAACCAGUAACAGCAACCAAAGCAGGCAGUCUGCAGAGAACAGUAACAUCCAGGCCAGUGAAUCAGACGCCUGCCACCGUCUCUGCCUCUAAACUUCCCCAGCUCUGCUCAUCCAUAACCUCAGCCCCUAAAGCCCGUUCCCCUGGUGUGACUCUCGAUGUGGUCCAGAGUUUGGCUUUCGCUGCCCCAUCUGCCACAGUCCAGGCAGCCCCCCCUCCAUCCUACCACACCUCGGGGCCUCCAGGCCUGGCAGGAAAGACCCAGGCUGGUGAGGCCUGCUCGGAGGUGUUGGUUCAGAGGAGGCUGGAUGAGACCAACAGGUCACUGGAGGCAGCGCUGGAUGUUGUAGAGAGGAAAAUGGCUCAGGUUGACUGCACUGACGGUGGCAGCAGCACAGUGAAAGCAGCAGGGAAUAUCCUGGAUGACAUCGGCAACAUGUUUGAUGACCUCGCCGACCAGCUGGAUGCCAUGUUGGAUUAAAUCCUUCCUCUUCACUUCACUCAAGGCAACCUGAAUAGGACCAGUAUGAUUGGGUUGCCAGAUCCAUAGGGUUGCGUCCCAAAUAGCACCCUAUUCCCUUUAUAGUGCACUUCUUUGACCAGAGCCCUGGAAUAGGGAGCACCAUUUGGGAUGCACCCGUAGAAUUGAUUAGACUGAUGCACUGAUCUGCAUGUUUCAUAGGGUGGAUACGAGAAAGUAUGAGGAGAGAGAGGAGAGGAGAGGAAGAGUGAGGGAAAGUGAAAGGAGGGAGAGGAGAGAAAUGGGGAGAGGAGAGCAGGGAGGCACAAUGUGGAGAACCUCUGACUGCACUUGUAUGUCCUAAACACACGCACACUUUAUGAUGUCAUCAGAAUUUCAACGCAAGCACUUACUGAACUCGACGGAUACACCUGUGGAUUUUUGUUGUUUGAAUAGCAUCAGUGAGACACACACACAUCGGGACUUGCCUAAACUGGAGCGCAUAACCCUGGAUCAAUAGUUUCGCUAGGCAAAGACAGCACAAUAACACACAACAGUUUACUGUGUUUUAUUACAUAGAGCACGGGUUUAUGACAUGGAGCACAGGUUUAUGACAUGGAGCACGGGUUUAUGACAUGGAGCACGGGUUUAUGACAUGGAGCACGGGUUUAUGACAGAUGCUACAGCUUUGCUCUGAGCCAACCCGAUUUUACCACAAAGGGAAUAAGGGUCCAUUUUUAACAUGUAUUGUAAAUUAUAUCAUAUUCUCGUCUUUAAACUUUACCCAAUGUUAUGUUAAGUGUGUCAAUAUUCUUAACAUGAGAAUCUUCAAUGUUACUGAAAAGUAAGAAUUUGUUUUUACUUUGCAUUUAUUUGUCUUAACAAAGGGAGCAUCUAUUUUCUUCAAAAUAUACUAUACGUGAUGUUAGGAGUAACUAUGUCAUUAGAAAAGUUUUAUGUUAACAUGUAAUAUACACUGAACAAAAAUAUAAACGCAACAUGCAACAA